AUGGACAUCAAGGAAUCCGUUUGCAACCCGAGCGAGCAGGAUACAGAAAUAGAGACAAUCGCGACGGACGCCUUAUUGGACGAGUCAUCGGACGUUUUGUUCAUUCAGACGUCGUCUGGUGAGUCCCACGAGCCUGAGAAUGGCAUUGAAGAGAAUACAAAACAGCUUGCCCACGAGGAAAACACUCAACAGAAGAUGAACGCAGUUCGCAGGACUCAGAGGACAAACUUAUGA